ACUCCCACCCACUCACCACCAGCUCUCCCCUCUCCCCUCUCCCCUCUCCACUCUCCACUCUUCGUGCUCCCUCGACGGCGAGACAGCUUCAAUUGCGUGUCGCGGCUGGGUCUGCGUCCUCAAUUGCCCGUGCCGGCCCCUCACCCUCCUAGACUUUAUAUCUCUCAAGCUCGAUAAAAAGGUCGCGGCAUCCGCCCUUCCUAGGCCAUCGCAUUCCUAGCUAUUGCCAGCACCUGCACAUCGUAGACACACAUCGCUACCAACCGAAAGCCCAAUAGAGUCGCCUCAAUGGCCGAGCUGAUGUCGGCGCCGAAUACUGGCACCACGCCACUCAAUCACCUUGGCACUAAUGUGCCGAGUGGACAUCUAGAUGAGAAGAAAGAAUAUGGCAACGGAAAGGAAGUCGACAUGCCGCCCAAGGCUGAUCCUGAUGAGGACGAGGACGAGGACAUCGACGCCCUGAUCGAGGAACUCGAGUCGCAGGAUGCCGCCAUCGACUACGGAGACGACGAUGAGGCCACCCAGCCAGGUGGCGCAAAGCCUGUAUCGGAGGACCUCCUCCAGACGGAUACCCGCCUUGGUCUGACGAGCAGCGAAGUGUUGUCCCGACGGAAGAAGUUCGGUCUCAAUCAGAUGAAGGAGGAGAAGGAGAACCUCAUCCUCAAGUUCUUGGGCUACUUCAUUGGUCCCAUCCAGUUCGUCAUGGAGGCUGCCGCUGUUCUUGCCGCUGGUCUCCAGGAUUGGGUCGAUUUCGGUGUGAUUUGCGCCCUGCUGUUGCUCAACGCCUGUGUCGGUUUCAUUCAGGAAUUCCAGGCCGGUUCCAUCGUCGAAGAAUUGAAGAAGACGCUCGCUCUUAAGGCCACCGUUCUCCGUGACGGCGCUCUCACCGAAGUCGAGGCACCUGAGGUCGUUCCCGGAGAUAUCCUCCAGAUCGAAGAAGGUACCAUUAUUCCCGCCGACGGUCGCAUUGUCACAGAAGACGCGUUCCUCCAGGUCGAUCAGUCCGCCAUUACUGGUGAGUCUCUCGCUGUCGACAAGCACAAGGGCGACACCUGCUAUGCCUCUUCCGCUGUCAAGCGUGGCGAAGCCUUCAUGGUCAUUACUGCUACUGGUGACUCGACUUUCGUCGGUCGUGCUGCUUCGCUCGUCGCCUCAGCCUCAAGCGGAACUGGUCACUUUACUGAGGUGCUCAACGGCAUUGGUACGGUCCUCCUGAUCUUGGUCAUUGUCACUCUUUUGGUCGUUUGGGUAUCCUCCUUCUACAGAUCCAACCACAUUGUCACCAUCCUCGAGUUCACUCUGGCCAUCACCAUCAUCGGUGUCCCUGUUGGUCUUCCUGCGGUCGUCACCACCACUAUGGCCGUCGGCGCUGCCUAUCUUGCCAAGAAACAGGCUAUUGUCCAGAAGCUUAGCGCCAUCGAAUCGCUUGCUGGUGUCGAGAUCCUUUGCUCUGAUAAAACGGGUACCCUCACAAAGAACAAGCUCUCUCUUGCCGAGCCUUACACUGUUGCUGGUGUUGAGCCUGAAGAUCUCAUGCUUACUGCUUGCUUGGCCGCCUCCCGCAAGAAGAAAGGUAUUGAUGCAAUUGAUAAGGCCUUCCUGAAGUCACUCAAGUUCUAUCCUCGUGCCAAAUCGGUCCUUAGCAAGUACCGUGUCAUCGAUUUCCACCCCUUCGAUCCCGUCUCCAAGAAAGUCCAGGCUGUCGUUGAGUCUCCCCAGGGUGAGCGCAUCGUCUGUGUCAAGGGUGCCCCGCUAUUCGUCUUGCGAACCGUCGAGGAGGACCACCCUAUCCCCGAGGCCGUCGAUGAGGCGUACAAGAACAAGGUCGCUGAGUUCGCUACUCGUGGUUUCCGAUCUCUUGGUGUUGCUCGCAAGCGAGGUGAUAGCUCCUGGGAGAUCCUCGGUAUUAUGCCUUGCUCUGACCCGCCACGACAUGAUACGGCCCGCACUAUCAAUGAAGCGAAGACUCUCGGUCUAUCCAUUAAGAUGUUGACUGGUGAUGCCGUCGGUAUUGCUAGAGAAACCUCUCGCCAGCUUGGUCUCGGAACCAACGUCUACAAUGCCGAGCGUCUGGGUCUCGGUGGCGGUGGUGAAAUGCCUGGUUCUGAGGUUUACGAUUUCGUCGAGGCUGCAGACGGUUUCGCUGAGGUCUUCCCGCAACACAAGUACAACGUCGUCGAGAUUCUGCAACAACGUGGUUACCUCGUUGCCAUGACUGGUGACGGUGUGAACGAUGCCCCGUCUCUGAAGAAAGCCGAUACUGGUAUUGCCGUCGAAGGUGCCUCAGAUGCCGCUCGGUCCGCUGCCGAUAUUGUCUUCUUGGCUCCUGGUCUGUCUGCUAUAAUUGACGCCCUCAAGACCUCCCGACAGAUUUUCCACCGCAUGUACGCCUACGUCGUCUACCGUAUCGCCCUCUCCCUCCACCUUGAGUUCUUCUUGGGACUAUGGAUCGCCAUUUUGAACACGUCACUGAAUCUGGAGUUGGUUGUCUUCAUUGCCAUCUUCGCUGAUAUCGCUACCCUUGCCAUCGCUUAUGACAAUGCUCCCUUCAGCAAGACUCCUGUCAAGUGGAACCUGCCCAAACUCUGGGGUAUGUCCGUCCUGCUUGGUGUUGUCCUUGCCAUCGGUACCUGGAUCACCCUUACCACUAUGUUUCCUUACCAAAACCUGCCCAAUGCGGCCGGUCAGGGUGUUAGCGGUGGUAUCGUCCAAAACUUUGGUGUCCGUGAUGAGGUGCUCUUCCUCCAGAUAUCUCUUUCCGAGAAUUGGCUGAUCUUCAUCACCCGUGCCAAUGGUCCUUUCUGGUCAUCCAUCCCCUCCUGGCAGUUGUCUGGCGCCAUUCUUGUCGUCGACAUCAUCGCCACGUUCUUCUGCUUGUUCGGUUGGUUUGUUGGCGGACAGACCAGUAUUGUCGCCGUCGUCCGUGUCUGGAUCUUCUCUUUCGGCGUCUUCUGCGUCAUGGGUGGUGUGUACUAUCUCCUUCAGGACAGCGUUGGCUUCGACAACCUCAUGCACGGGAAGUCUCCUAAGAAGGACCAGAAGCAGAGGUCACUAGAAGAUUUCGUUGUUUCAUUACAACGUGUCUCUACACAACACGAGAAGAGUGCAUAAAGUCACCUCUGAAGUACAGUAAUUUAAUAUUAGUUACAUCAGGGCGGAGGGCCGGAUGGUGGACGAUAGGGUCUUCCGUCUCAUAAUAGAACCGAAAAAAAACCUGUAAAACAACAUGGGAAUUCAAUGAGGGGUAGAGCUUUUUGAGCUUCCCCUGUUCAGUC